UUUCGCAUUUAUCUUGUUCUUGCCGCUUACAUUAUGAUCUUCGAUUUUCUGUACAAAAAACCUCGAAUAAUCAUUAUUUUUUAGCCUUGGACGCAAAUUUUUGUUUGUUUGGAUUGGAAUUAGUUUGAAACGAUGGAUGAAAUUAUACCAAAAUCAGAUGGAUUUGAUGAAUGGGUGAAAGAGCUCUUGCCCGAUGCCGCACCUGAAAUUGGCAGCAUGUGGCAGCAACAGGAGCACACAUCAGUCAAAGCUGAGAGACCAAGUACUUCUCAAUUAUCUGUGGAUUCUCAAGCUUAUCCGAGAAAUCUGAAUCAACAACAUCAGCUAAUGCAGCAUACAUCAGCUGGAUUCAAUUCAACUCACCUGAUGGAAAAAAGUGAGCAGGAGCCAUUGCACAAGUUCUUGGAACCAAAAAGUGGCAUGGUUCUUGAACGUGCACAUUCCAGAUUGCAGAUGCCUUCUCUUUACUUGUCUCAAAAUCUAACAAUGCCAAUGGCAGAUCAACUUAAGCCGCAAAAUCAGACACCUCUUGGUGCUUUGCAUGCAUCAGAAUCAACUUCUCAAGUCGACAUGGAAUGGUUUAAUUCUGCAUAUCAGAAGAUUAUGCAGCUUAAGGACAUGUAUCUAUCUCAAUUUCUCAUGUUACACCACAAAAUGCAAGAACUGAAACGUCAGGCAACCGAUGCUGAGAUGGUAAACAAAUGGGAAAAGAACAGAUGUCUUAUUGAAAGGAAAAUCAGACUUCUCAACAUUUCUAAAUCAGAUCUUUUACACAUGAAAAGGGAAAGAAUAACUCAGAUGCUGAAUGAGGUAAUGAGAUACGUUUCUCAGCUUCAACCGAGGAAUCCUUUGUACUCGAAGCAGACUCAUCAUGUCGAGGCAUCUGGUAAUCAUAUGGAAGCACCUCAGAUUCAGCAAAGAGAAAACCCACUUCAUUUCAAUAGUUUACACCAGUCUCUGAUAAGGCCAGGAGGGACUCCAUGCUUGCCACAAAGCUCGUUGAGUUCAUUAAACGUAGGCUCAUCAGCAGGAGUACACAAGGUAGAUGCUUCAUCGAACGUGAACUCCUAUCAGUAUAAUCUCAUUAGACCUAUGCAGCCAUGGGCCCCACAGGGAAGCGUGGCUCCAACUGCAAGGAAAGGAGCCUCUCAAGCAGCAUUCGAUGCGAGGGCUCUUAGAAUGCUGCUCCAUCCAUCGAGUGGAGUUUCUCAAUACAAUAAUUUGGGUGCUUCACAGCAUCAGCCUGUCACCUCAACAAGGAAUAUGUUUAACUCAUUGGACUACUCCGUGAGUCCUAUGGCUCAGGUGCCUCUCACGAUGCCUCCUCUGCAGAAUAACCAACAAGAUCAAGCUAUGAAGAGGCAGAAAAUGAAGCAGCCUCUGCAGCAGUUGAUAAAUGAGAAAAAUAAGCCACAGAUGCUACAAAAAAGAAUCGAGGAUACAAAAUUGAGACGUUUUGUAGGAUUCAACCAAAAAUGGUCUUCUGUACUGCCACCAAGUUCCUCUCCGUAUGCAAUGUCUCCCCAAAAUUCACAACAAUCUUCCCCACAGUUUGAGAUUAAGGAAUUAUCUUCAAAGUUUUCCAAAUCAGCAACACCGUCAUUAUCUUCUGCCUCUCCAUCUGCUCUUCCAUCUCCCUUGACUCCGAUGACCCCCUUGACUCCGUCUUCUGUGCCGGCAGAUUGUGUGAUGAGUCCAUUGCUAGAAGAAAGUAGCAAAUUAGCCAAGAAUCCUGUCACAGCAUCUCAGCCCCCUUUGCAAGACACAAACCGUAACCAACUUGUGACGGACACACAAAGAUCAACGAAGUCUUGCUUGGAUAGGGAAUCUCUUUCUUCUGGUGCCAAGCAGCCAUUAAAGGCUAAAGGAGAUCCGCUGAAGAGCUUGAUUGAAGUGGUGAAGUCAGUGUCAUCCAAAGCGCUGAAUGCUACUAUAAGGGAUAUCAAUGCCGUCACCACUUUAACUGAUAGGGUGGCAGGAAACUUUGCCCGAGGUAAAGCUAAAAAAACAAUUUUCUACGACUUGGCUGAUGACAUAGUCAGCUGUUGUGACAAAGGUGACAUGAAGUCAGGGAUGAAGCGUGAACUGGACGCCCUGGCUUCGCAUGAUUUUAGAACGGACACGGAGCUCUAUGCAACGGGUAGUAUAAAGAGACUGAAAACCGAGACGACUAACUAUCAGUUACUGGAAGAGAUCAAAGAGAUUAACAAGAAGCUUAUUGAGGUGGUGGUGGAUGUGAUGAUUCCGGAGGGUUUUCCUAGGCUAGGAUCAGAUGAAGGUACACUCAUCAGAUGCUCGUAUAUACCGGUUGGAUUCUCGGGGAACAUGAAGAUCCCGAAUACCUCAAAAUUUAUGUUUCCUACCCUGCUUCUUGAUUUGCUUGUUUCUGCCGAUUAUCCGAAUUCGUCUCCUUCUGUACUGGAGAAGGAUCCUUCUGGCUCCUGUGAUGGUGAAGAAGGCAGAUAUAUGUGGACGAAGGCAAAGUCGAAUCUGAUUUUAUCCCUCAGAAAUCUCCCUCAGCCCAUGUCGGUUAAAGACGUGGCUGAAGCCUGGCACGUAUGUGCUCGGGAAGUAUUUCACGAGCUCGCGGACCAUGCCGGAGGAGGUAGCUUCAGUUCGACCUACGGCAAGUGGGAAAGCUGUGCCGUUGCUGUCUAGCUAUGCUGCUUUGUAAAUAACUUCAGUUUUCCGUCAUUAAUCGUCUCAAUUUGCCCAUCC